UAGUAUAGGACACGCACGAAGAAGAAGCAGACGAUCGCUCUAACAACGAAGCCGUAUAAUAUAGAGCUCCAUGCCCUAAUUGCACAUGCACGAGGGUCAUAUGCCCUUUUCAUUUCUAUGUAACCAGACAUUGUUGUAAAGAACACAAUAACGGAAGGAGCUACACUUGUAGCUGAACACCAACUUCGGAACCAUGCUACAGCUUCAACUUCUUCGAGUUGUUGAUGAAUAAUGCUCACUGCUGCCCCGAACGUCUGCUACAUAGUAGUAGAAUAUAGUAUUGUGCUCGUCCCAAUACUGUACUUUCUACAGCAGGAAGCAAGCCCUCUGGCAAGUCCUCUGGCAGCUUCCACCGGUCUAGCUCUGGACUAAUUAACAUGGCUUGUACCUGUUCUAUUAAUGCUCGAAGCAGCUGGGAGAGAUAUUCUUGUCCGGCUAUUCUUCCAAGUAGAUAUCUUCAAUGGUGGAAGUGGAUUGUAACUGUUUCUCUAGCUAUUGUCUACUUUGUGUCCUGGGGAAACAUCCAUAGCUACCCAUUGCUGUUCGGCCCCCUCCAGGAGGAAUUUCAAACGUCUGCGAUUGAAACAGGAUGGGUAGGGUCUGUCAACAUCGGGAUGAACUGCCUGGCCAGUCCGUUGGCAGCAUUCUUGGAGAGGCGAAUCGGCUUCCGCGCGACCAUAGUUCUAGGAGUUCUCUUCUGCGCCACCGGGGUCUUCGUAUCAUCAUUCGCGCCGCAACUCUUCAUGCUGUACUUCACCUAUGGGACGAUGUACGGCAUCGGUAUCAACCUCUCAUUCCAUGCCAGCUUAUGCCUCAUGGUGCAAUACUUCCCGAACAAGAACUGUCGUCGUGCCACUUCUGUCAUAAUGAUCGGAGGCACUUCUGGAAUGCUAGUCUUUAGUCCGGUCAUGGAGAGAUUAAUCGAAAUGUUCACGUGGCGUGGAGCCCUACGGAUCAGCGGGAUAUUCGUUCUCUUCCUUGGCCUCCCAUUUGCGUUGCUCUGCAAGUCACCAGAAGAGACUGUUAAAGAAGUGGAAAAGGUAGUCAGAAAGUACAGCAAAUGCGCCGAUUCCAUCGAGGAUACGGUUAACAAGUGCAAGCGGGAUCUUCAGAAGGUCUACCCAGGGUAUGAUCCUGAUGACAAGAGGGCAUGGAAGUCGGACUCAUCGGGAAACGAUGACGAAGACGAGUACGGCGAUGAGAGAGGUCCAUUGCGGGAUUCGAAGACGAGCGAUUUGAAAUCGCCAGACUCUAAAUGUGAGAAAGAACAUGCUAUUGAUCUCCUCGAGAAUGUUAUUGUCCAUGAAGAGGAGGAAAAGUCAGGUUACCGGAAGUGGCGAAUCAUUCUUGGCUCGUGGCGGACCUGGAUUUUCAUCAUCUCCGUUUUCAUUUCAACAUUUUCAUGGAGUUUCUACUGGGUUAAUCUUGUCAGCCACCUGUCAAACGUUGGUCUCUCUCAGCGUCAGAGCGCUUUGGUCCUCUCAUCGUGUGCUGCUGCAGAGUUAAUCACGAAGGUCCUUCUAGCUCUUUUCGGCGAUCGCCUACCUGUUAGUAAUGUAAGCAUUCUAGGCAUUCAAGGUCUCAUUACCAGUGCUUUCACCGUCGGGGUCAUGUUCAUCAAUAGCUUCGGCGCUGGUAUCGGCGUUAUUCUAGGUGUUGGAUGUAUGCGGGGUAUAUACCAGGUAGUUCCAUACAUGAGCUGUGUAGAAAUUAUUGGCACACGAUGGGGAGACGAGGCUCAGACCCUCACUCUCGUAGUCCAGGGCUUCGGAUAUCUUGUUGGGGCUCUUCCUUCAGGUGCAAUAUACGACUUAACCCAGUCUUACCAAACGUGUCUUGUCAUGGUUUUCAUUCUCUUCAUCGUGUCGUCGGUGGCGCUGUUCAUAAUACAGAUCUACGAUCGUUUCUGUGCCAGGAGACAGGAGAAAGAACCGUCUGCAGCCAAAGAUAUGCGUUUGAAACAUUUAUCCUUGCAAAAUGAGAUUAUUGGCGACAAGGUCACGACUGUAUAAGGUCGUGAGAGAUAGAUCGUGAAGCGGAAACAAGAGGCAAUGUCAUUUUAUUGGAUAUCUGCAAGGAAAGAGAAUGAAUCAAUACCUUGCCUUCAACAUUCUGCCUUAUAAAAUGAGAUUAUCAGCGACAAUGUCUUUACUUUAUAAAACAGUGAAUGGAUGAGUUUAGAUAAGAAUGUAGUUUGUUAGAGGAAUUGCAAUGUGAGUGGGUAUCUAAUAUGAAGUGGAAACCACUGUUAACCUCAAUAUGCUGCCUUAAGAAAUGAGGAACUUAACGGCGACAGGAUCACGACUGUUUAAAACCGUGAAUGGACUUCAUUCAGCAAGAGAUGUAGAUAAAGAGAGAUGAAUAGCCUAGAUAAUAAAGAGGGAGAACGUGAUGUGAUUGGGUAUCCAAAUAAAAACGAACCUAUGCAUGGUCUGAACUUCAAAACAUUCUGCCUCACAAAAUGAGGUGAACGGCGACAGUGUCGCGAUAGUAUAAAAUAGUGAAUAGACGAAUCAUUGAAAGUAAGAGAUAAUGCUUGUUAUAGCCGACAGAUAUUGAAGAGGAAGAAAUAGGCAGAGUGCUAUGAUAAGAUAUUUAAAGGUCAAGUCCACCUCAGACAAAUGUUGAUUUAAAUCAAUAGAGAAAUAUCAGACAAGCACAAUGCUG